GCAGGGGGCAGCAGCGGCCGCUUGUGGAGCAUAAAGCGGAACUCUUGUGUUUGCCGUGUUUCCUUCGGACGGCUGAUCAGAGGACCGUGAUGCAGUGCGGCUGGCUUCAUUCAGGUCCGCGGCUGUGGCUGCGGUGCGUCCACAGGCAGGUGAUGGUGACGGCGGGAAAGCGGCGGGAGGAGCACCGCGGCUGGCUGCUGACCGUGGACCCGGUCUCCCACAGUGUGGCUCUGGUGAGCUUCGGGGAGGACGGUGCGUCGGUCCGGGUGGUUCUGGGUCACGCCGUGCAACACGUCGAGGUUCUGGAGGAACCGGACCCGGACACGGAGGAGCGGCUCCGCUCUCUCCUCCCGCCUCCGGAGGCCGGUGGCCCGGAUCCAGACGAGCGACGCCGGAGGAGGUCCGGAGUCCGCCGCUGGCUCCAACAGAACCGGGUUCCGGUGGAGGAGGACGGGAACGAUCUUCGGGUCGCCCGUGUUCUGACCAUCCGGGCCCCAUAUCGACCCGACGACUGCAGCAGCAACCAGAUCAUCCUGGACCGGGUCCAGAGACUGCUUCGGGUCCAGCCCGACCAGGUUCCAGAUUCUGAACUGGUUCUGGAGACCGCUCCGGGUCCAACGGACCCGUUCCACCUGGAACCAGGACGGAUUAUAAAGGGCAUUGAGACGGAUCCAGAGCGGUUCUGGUUCAGUCUGGAUCCAUUCCUCUUUAACGGCUGUAGAUGAGCCGUCUGGUACCAAACGGGGUUCUGGAAAUGGGCCCCGCAGUGCCUGGCUCUUUAAAUCGGAGGCACCGAAGUCCCGCCCCUUCCUGCUGGUUUCCCCCAAUCAGCUGAUCAAGAAUCAGUUCAGUUUGAAUCCUUUCAAACCAAACUGACUUUCCGUUCUGGUUGUGUUUCUCUGGACCUCCUGUUUAAAGUUCUGCAGAACCGGGUCACGGACAAUGCGGACCCGAUUGAGCCAAUAAAUCAGAUUCUACCAUUAA